GCGGCGGCGGCGGCGACGGCGGCGACGGGCGGGCAGGUUGGCGGCUGCAUAUUUGAAGGAAAGUAUCAGUUUGUAUUAGCUCAGUGUGUUUGCUCCAGCGGCCGCGGCGGAAGCCCGAGCCCGAGCCUAGCCUAGCCCGCUUGGCCAGGGCAGAGCAGCGCAGCGCAGCCCAGCCUUGUCCAGCCCAGCCCGGCGCGGCGCAGCUCAGCCGGGGUCGCCGCUGCCCCAGCCCUAGCCCCCGCUCCGGCCCCAGCCCCGGGGCUGCUCUCUUGCCCGGGGCCGCCUUCCUUUGCCUUGCCUUGCUCUGCCUUGCCUUGCCUUUCUGGGGCAGGCACUCCGGACAGCGCAGCAGAGGCGCCGCGCAGAGCGCAGGGCGCAAGGCGGCGAGGCGAGGCCCGAGCAGGCGGCCCGGAGUCCGGCCCCCGGCCUCCGGCCGGUCUCCAGCUUCUCCCUGCGCUGCGCUCUGCUCUGCUCCGCUGGGCGCGGAGUAGUUCAUGGAAACAUGGCGGUGUCGGCUCCGACCUGCGGCGCCUCCUCGCUUGCCCGGGCUCUGUGCGGCGGCAGCGGCGGCGGCCACCUCCACCUCCACCUCCACCUCCACCUCCUGCUGCUGCUGCUCGUCCUCCCGGUGCCCGGCGCCCGCAGCUACAGCUUCCCCCAGCAGCACACGAUGCAGUACUGGUCUCGAAGGCUGGAACAAGAGAUUGAUGGAGUGAUGAGGAUCUUUGGUGGGGUCAAGCAGCUCAGAGAGAUCUACAAGGACAACAGAAACUUGUUUGAGAUUGAGGAGAAUGUCCCCCAGAAACUUGUGGAGAAGGUGGCAGGAGAUAUUGAGAGCCUACUGGCCAAGAAGGUCCGGGCUCUGAAGAGAUUGGCCGAUGCUGCAGAGAGAUUCCAGAAGGCCCAUCGUUGGCAAGACAACAUCAGGGAAGAAGAUAUCCAGUACUAUGACUCCAAAGCAGACGCUGAGCUGGAGGACCCCGAGGGUGAGGAGUUUGAGAGGGAGAAGCCCAGUACCCUGCAGCUGGACUUCGUUGAGGACCCAAACUUUAAAAACAAGGUCAACUACUCAUACACGGCUGUUCAGAUCCCUACGGACAUCUACAAAGGCUCCACAGUGAUUCUGAAUGAACUCAACUGGACAGAAGCCCUGGAAGAUGUAUUUGUGGAGAACCGUAAGGAGGACCCAUCGCUGCUGUGGCAGGUUUUCGGUAGUGCCACAGGGGUCACCCGAUAUUACCCAGCUACCCCUUGGAGAGCACCAAAAAAGAUUGACCUGUAUGAUGUUCGCCGGAGACCCUGGUACAUCCAAGGAGCUUCCUCUCCUAAGGACAUGGUCAUCAUCGUGGAUGUAAGUGGCAGUGUGAGUGGCCUGACACUGAGGCUGAUGAAGACAUCGGUCUGCGAGAUGCUGGACACCCUCUCUGAUGAUGACUACGUCAAUGUGGCCUCGUUCAAUGAGAAGGCCCAGCCUGUGUCCUGCUUCAACCACCUGGUUCAGGCCAACGUACGGAACAAAAAGGUUUUUAAGGAAGCUGUGCAGAACAUGGUGGCCAAAGGAACCACAGGUUACAAGGCUGGCUUUGAAUAUGCCUUUGACCAGCUCCAGAAUUCCAACAUCACCCGAGCUAACUGCAACAAAAUCAUCAUGAUGUUCACCGAUGGAGGAGAAGAUCGAGUGCAGGAUGUGUUUGAGAAGUACAACUGGCCCAACAGGACGGUUCGGGUAUUCACCUUUUCUGUUGGACAACACAACUAUGAUGUCACUCCCCUGCAGUGGAUGGCCUGUGCCAAUAAAGGUUACUAUUUUGAGAUCCCCUCCAUCGGGGCUAUCCGAAUCAACACACAGGAGUACCUGGAUGUUCUGGGCAGGCCUAUGGUCCUCGCAGGCAAUGAGGCCAAGCAGGUGCAGUGGACCAAUGUGUAUGAAGAUGCUCUGGGCCUGGGGCUAGUAGUGACUGGAACCCUCCCUGUGUUCAACCUGACCCAGGAUGGCAGUGGGGAGAGGAAGAACCAGCUAAUCCUGGGUGUGAUGGGCAUCGAUGUGGCUCUGAAUGAUAUCAAGAAGCUGACGCCAAAUUACACGCUUGGUGCAAAUGGUUAUGUAUUCUCCAUUGACCUCAAUGGCUAUGUCCUCCUCCACCCUAACCUGAAGCCCCAGAUCACCAAUUUCCGGGAGCCAGUGACCUUAGAUUUCCUAGAUGCUGAACUAGAAGAUGAAAACAAGGAGGAGAUCCGAAAGAGCAUGAUUGAUGGGAAAAGGGGGCAGAAACAAAUCAAGACUCUCAUCAAAUCCCUGGAUGAGAGAUACAUUGAUGAAGUAAUUCGAAACUAUACCUGGGUCCCGAUCAAAAGUACCAACUACAGCCUUGGGCUGGUCUUGCCUCCUUAUAGCACGUUCUAUCUACAAGCCAACCUCAGUGACCAGAUCCUGCAGGUCAAGUUGUCAAUCAGCAAACUGAAGGAUUUUGAGUUCCUGCUCCCAAACAGCUUUGAAUCUGAAGGACAUGUUUUCAUUGCUCCCAGAGAGUACUGCAAGGACCUGAACGCCUCGGACAACAACACGGAAUUUCUCAAGAACUUUAUUGAGCUCAUGGAGAAGGUGACUCCAGACUCCAAGCAGUGUAACAACUUCCUUCUGCACAACCUGAUUCUGGACACUGGCAUCACACAGCAACUGGUGGAGAAGGUGUGGAAGGACCAGGACCUCAACACGUACAGCCUCCUUGCUGUGUUUGCUGCUACUGAUGGGGGCAUCACCCGGGUUUUCCCCAACAAGGCAGCUGAGGACUGGGAUGAGAACCCUGAACCCUUCAAUGCCAGCUUCUACCGGCGCAGCCUGGACAACCAGGGCUACAUCUUCAAACCUCCGUAUCAUGAUUCUCUCCUUAGACCACUAGAGCUGGAGAACAACACCGUGGGCAUCCUGGUGAGCACAGCUGUGGAACUCACACUUGGGGGAAGGACAUUAAAACCUGCAGUGGUGGGAGUGAAGUUGGACCUGGAAGCCUGGGCUGAGAAGUUCAAGGUGUUAGCCAGUAACCGAACAGACCGAGACCAGCCACAGAAGUGUGGCCCCAACAGCCACUGUGAGAUGGACUGUGAUGUGAACAAUGAGGAUCUACUCUGUGUUCUCAUUGAUGACGGUGGGUUCUUGGUACUCUCCAACCAGUACAAUCAGUGGGACCAGGUGGGGAAGUUCUUCAGCGAAGUGGAUGCCAACCUCAUGUUAGCACUUUACAAUAACUCCUUCUACACUCACAAAGAGUCCUUUGACUACCAGGCUGUAUGCACCCCCCGGGCCCAGAGCAACACAGGCGCUGCUCCCAGAGGUGUCUUCAUACCUACCAUCGCUGACUUCCUCAACCUGGCCUGGUGGACUUCAGCAGCAGCCUGGUCAUUGCUCCAGCAGCUUCUCUAUGGACUCACCUAUCAUAGCUGGUUCCAAGCAGAAGAUGCAGCAGCUGAGGGCUCGGAGACCAGGGAGACCAGCUGCAUCAUGAAACAGACCCAGUAUUACUUCAGCACCACCAAUGCCUCCUACAACAGCAUCAUAGACUGCGGGAACUGCUCCAGGCUGUUCCACGCCCAGAGAUUGGCCAACACCAACCUGCUCUUUGUAGUGGCGGAGAAGCCCCUGUGCAGCCAGUGUGAAUCUGGCAAACUGCUACAAGCAGAGAGGCGCUCUGAUGGGCCGGAGCAGUGUGAGCUGGUACAGAAGCCACGAUAUAGGAAAGGACCUCACAUCUGCUUUGACUACAAUGCAACGGAAGAUACCUCAGACUGUGGUCGAGGAGCCUCCUUCAGAGCAUCCCUGGGCAUCCUGGCAUCCCUGCAGCUGCUGCUCCUUCUGGGCCUGUCGCCCCUGCCUCUGCCCCUGCCCUGGCCUCACCACCUCUGAACCCCACCCCCUGGAGCCCCAGCCCUUUCACCUUCGCCACCCUUCCCUUCUUAUUGUACCCACCACCCACAACCUGUGGGAAAGUGGAUACUCUGGACUGCGGGUCCUGGGAUGUGUCUUCCCGUAGGCCUCGGAGACCCCAAUGCCAUGUCUUACUGUUUUGCUGUCAGAAGAUCACCCCAGCCCAACACCUGCCACCCCACUACCACUCUCACUCCAGGCACUGUGUAUGCUGCUACCAAAAGCAUGUACUGUCCUGGGCCUAGGCUGGGCUGGGCUGGCCUGGUCUGGGCUGGGCUGGCCUGGCUUGGGCUGGGCUGGCCUACGCUGGGCUGGGCUUGGAGAAGCAUCAACCUUCAUAGUUGCCACUCUCACUCCCCAUCCCCUGAAGUUCACUCAGACUCACUGAUUCUAACGAAGGUUGGGAACAAGUUUCCUAUGGCCUCAGUUUUCCAGCCUUCUCUUACCUCUGAGAUUCUAGAUACCCCAGAGAAUGACUAGGGAACAGGGACUAGGAGGUUCAACUCUGGGGGAUAAGGGAUUGAGGAAGAUAUUUGACACAGGCCAGAGUCACCAUGUGAGCUCAGCCCUCAAUCUCCCCAUACACACACACACACACACACACACACACACACACACACACACACACACACGUCUUGUCCUCAUUCCUGGACCUCAUUGCAUAGGCCACCCAAGAGACAGGAAGAGCCAAGACCAAGUUCAGAUCCAGGCAUGCACCUACCAACUGGGUGGAUGUUGGGAUCCACCCAAGGGACCUGCCAGCUCCCCUAAGUCCCUACCAGGCAGGUUCUCUGAUUGGAGUUCUGGGUUCCAAAGAUAACCCUGACCACUGAACCUAGAGCCUGGCUAGAGUGAGCAUGUGCACACACACACAUACACACACAGUCAGAGUUGGAAGAGAUCUCAGACCUCAGAGGUCACCUAGUCCAAGUGGAACCUGACAGAGACAUGUACACAUAGACACACAAACACAGAUAGAAAUAGAAAUAUAUAUAUAUAUACACAAAUGCAUACAAAGAAAUGUUACAGAAUCACAGCAUUCUAGAGUUCAAAGGGAUGCACACACACAAACACAUACAUCAGUAGGCUGAUAAUCACAGAGCCUUAUGUAAUGGGGGGUGGCUGCAACCUGGAGGCUUUGUCAGGUUUCAUCUCUCUGGGGCUGAGCAUUUGCCUGCUCUGUCCUUGCUCAUAACCCCAAUCUCCCCCCAGGAAAUGCACUCAUACCCACUUACUUCAGCUUCUUCCUUGCCCUACAGCACCCAGUUCGGGUCCUGAGUCUGAAUCCUUGUCCUCACCCUCAGGCUCCAAAGUUGAAUGUCAAACUGUGCCAAAUGCCAGGACCAGGCAGUGAGUCGCUCUAAGGCCAACCGCUUCAUCCCCUGCCCCCAACUAGCAGACACUUCACCCUCAAUCAUUUUCCAGUGUCAGGUGGACAAUAAGUCCCCUGCUCCAAGCAAGCAUUCACACACACACACACACACACACACACACACACACCCCAGCCCUACGCAGAUUUUCAGACUCCCCCCAAACCUCAGCCUAGGUGCCCUGGCCACACCAGGGCAAAGGAGCAGGUAGGAUACUACCCACACAGCACUCAUCUUCUGCCUGGCUGCUGUGCCAUGCCAUUUGUGCCCUCAAGAGCACCUUCUGACCAGUGUCACUCCCCCUCUCCCCAUUCAUGCAGGCAAUCCUCACCCUUAGGCUCCAUAUCCCCCUUCUCACUCUGGCCCUGCCUUCCUAAGGGUGACUUCAGCAGAAGAAGACACUGAAGGGACCAUCCCAAUCCCCCAACUCUGCACCCAAGUCCACAGCCUGGCACCUGUGUACAUUUUCCCCAAACCCUCAACAGGUGCUCCCCCCACCACCACCUAGUGAGCUACACUGAGGCCAAAAUGCCCAGUCCCCAGAGCUGGACACCAUGCCCUCCCUACCCCAUCCCCUACACACACACACCGACACUGUCAGGCAGGGCCUGGGGCAGGUUGCUGGGAGGUUCAGUGCAUUCCAAUUCCAUUCCCCAAAUCCUCCAGUGUGGGGAGGGGCAGGUCACUAAAGAGCAAGGGGGGAGGGGGGGAGGUGUUUCCUCUAAGAUGUGGAAAGGAGGGGGGGAAGGGAUGAUUCAUUAAUUAAUGCUUCAUUAAUUAAUGGUCCUGUUGCUUGUUGCUUUCUUAGUGUGUGUUGGUCCAUGCUGGCACCCACCCGCUUGCCAGCUGUGUCUUGGGAGUGUGUAAUUCUGUAGUUUAGUCAGGUGCUCACUGGAGAAUUUAAAAAAAGAAAAAAAAGAAAAAAAAAACAAGGAAACCAAGG